AGCAAAGCGUGGCAUGUGUACCUCUCACUCACUCCCAGUCCGCUCUCUUUUGGCUCCAUUUUCAUGUGAUCGUUCACGUUCACUUCACUCACUCUUAUCACUCCAACGGAAACAUUAAAAAAUUAAAAACCACUUUUCUUCUUCUUCUUCUUCUUCCUCCUCCUCCAUCUCUCAAUCUCUCUCUGAUAUUUCUGUUCAAUUCCAAAACUCUCCUUCUGUGUCCUUGUCUCUUUCCCCAUAAAAGUCUCUCUCUUUCUCUCUCUUUUUCUCUCAUUUGGACCCUUUAUGAAAAUAUCUCCUCCCUCCUCCACUCAGAUUCUCUCUUAAAUUCCUUUAUGCUCAUCAUUUGCAGUUGAUUAUAUCACUCUGACACCUCACAAACCAAAACCAAAAGCAACUUCACAAAUAGACUAUAUUGACGAUUGAGAAGCUGUGUUCUGCUUAGCCAUGGCGGCUACUGCGAAACCGAACGGUAAAAGCAUCACCGACUCUGACAUUUCAUCCAAGAUUCCAGCAACCGCGAAUCCUUUAGCCGAAGAACCAUCGCAGAUUGCUUCGAACAUCAAUUACCACGCGAAAUUCAGCCCUCACUUCUCGCCGUUCAAGUUCCAGCCCGAGCAAGCCUACUACGCCACCGCCGAUAGCGUCCGUGAUCGUCUGAUCCAACAAUGGAACGAGACGUACCUGCAUUUCCACAAGAAGAAUCCCAAGCAGACCUACUACUUGUCCAUGGAGUAUCUUCAAGGACGAGCCUUGACCAAUGCGAUUGGGAAUUUGAACGUUCAGAAAGCUUAUGCUGACGCUCUGAAUAAGCUGGGGCAUGACCUCGAGGAAAUAAGGGAGCAGGAAAAAGAUGCUGCACUCGGAAAUGGUGGCCUGGGAAGGCUUGCUUCGUGCUUUCUAGACUCCAUGGCAACGUUGAACUUGCCAGCGUGGGGAUAUGGUUUGAGGUACAGAUACGGGCUGUUCAAGCAACGGAUCGCCAAGGAUGGUCAAGAAGAAACUGCUGAGGAUUGGCUAGAGAAGUUUAGUCCUUGGGAAGUUGUCAGGCAUGAUGUUGUCUACCCUGUCAGAUUCUUUGGUCGAGUUCACGUCAAUCCUGAUGGAUCACGAAACUGGGUUGAGGGAGAGGUUCUGCAAGCUCUGGCUUAUGAUGUGCCAAUUCCAGGAUACAAAACCAAGAACACUAUUAGUCUUCGUUUAUGGGAAGCCAAAGCAUCUGCUGAGGAUUUUAACCUAUUUCAAUUUAAUGAUGGACAGUAUGAAUCUGCUGCGCAGCUUCAUUCUCGAGCUCAACAGAUUUGUGCUGUUUUAUAUCCUGGAGAUGCCACAGAGGAUGGGAAACUUUUAAGGCUGAAGCAACAAUUCUUCCUGUGCAGUGCAUCACUUCAGGAUAUUAUUUUUAGAUUCAAGGAGAGGAAAGGGAGCACAGCCUCAUUGCAAUGGUCAGAGUUUCCGACAAAAGUUGCUGUCCAAUUGAAUGAUACUCAUCCUACACUUGCAAUUCCAGAGCUAAUGCGAUUGCUAUUGGAUGAGGAAGGACUUGGGUGGGAUGAGGCAUGGGCUGUGACAACAAGGACAAUUGCUUAUACUAAUCACACAGUCCUUCCUGAAGCACUUGAGAAAUGGUCACAACCUGUAAUGUGGAAACUUCUCCCUCGCCAUAUGCAAAUAAUAGAAGAAAUUGACAAAAGGUUCAUUGCUACAGUACAUGCUACACGAACUGAUCUUGUGAGCAAAAUUCCUAGCUUGUGCAUCUUGGAUAACAGUCCCCAAAAGCCUGUUGUGCGAAUGGCGAACUUAUGUGUAGUGUCAGCUCAUACGGUUAAUGGUGUUGCCCAAUUGCACAGUGAUAUUUUAAAGAAUGAGUUAUUUGUAGACUAUGUCUCUAUAUGGCCAUCAAAGUUUCAAAACAAAACGAAUGGGAUUACUCCUCGGAGGUGGCUCCGAUUCUGCAGUCCUGAGCUCAGUAACAUAAUCACCAAAUGGUUAAAAACUGACCAAUGGGUGACCAACCUGGACCUACUUACAGGUCUUCGAAAGUUUGCCGAUGAUUCAAAAUUACAAGAAGAAUGGGCGUCUGCCAAGUUGGCUAACAAGAAGCGUUUGGCACAGUACAUAGAGCAUACGACAGGUGUCCAGGUUGACCCAAGCACUCUAUUUGACAUACAAGUGAAGCGUAUCCAUGAAUAUAAGAGACAGUUGCUGAAUAUUCUGGGUGCAGUCUAUAGAUAUAAGAAGUUAAAGGAGAUGAGCCCUGAAGAGCGGAAGAAGACAACUCCACGCACUAUCAUGAUUGGAGGAAAAGCAUUUGCAACAUAUACAAAUGCAAAAAGAAUAGUCAAGCUGGUGGACGAUGUUGGUGCUGUGGUCAACAAAGAUCCUGAGGUCAAUACCCACCUGAAGGUUGUAUUUGUUCCAAAUUACAAUGUAUCUGUGGCUGAGCUACUUAUCCCUGGAAGUGAGCUGUCACAACAUAUCAGCACUGCAGGCAUGGAGGCAAGUGGCACAAGCAACAUGAAAUUUUCUCUGAACGGUUGCCUCAUAAUAGGAACACUGGAUGGGGCUAAUGUGGAAAUCCGUGAGGAAAUUGGGGAGGAUAACUUUUUUCUCUUUGGUGCAACUGCAGAUGAAGUCCCUAAGCUGCGCAAGGACAGAGAGAACGGACUGUUCAAACCAGAUCCUCGGUUUGAAGAAGCCAAGCAGUUUGUUAGGAGUGGAGCAUUUGGGAGCUAUGACUACAAUCCACUUCUUGACUCUCUUGAGGGAAACACUGGUUAUGGUCGCGGUGAUUAUUUUCUUGUUGGCCAUGACUUCCCACAAUAUUUGGAUGCUCAGGCAAAAGUAGAUGAAGCUUACAAGGAUAGGAAAAAGUGGCUGAAGAUGUCCAUACUAAGCACUGCCGGGUCUGGCAAGUUCAGCAGCGACCGCACAAUUGCUCAGUAUGCCAAGGAAAUCUGGAACAUAGAAGAGUGCCGCGUACCAUAGAUCCACCCCCCGUGCUGGUUCUGAUGCUUAUGUUAAUGUUAUGAUUAUGGCACAAGAAGCUUAAGGUAAAGAAUAAAAGAAGCCAACAGAAGUGGCAACCGACAUCAUAUGUUCCACUUUUGUUUUUCUCGCCUUUUUUUUAUUUUCAAUCAUAUGUUUCACUUUAAAACAUUUUUUAGAGCUGGCAUCUCUAUGUAUUUUCUUAUGCCAAUAGAAGUUCCAAAUAAGAAAAUAAAUAAAUUCUGCAACCAGAUGUUGGCAAAAGAAGGUAAUACCUUGCUACCAUACCCUGUUCAUAUUGUUGUGCAUGCCUUGUCCUUACUAUGAUUGUCUUCCUUAUAUUAGUAAUUGAUCAGUUUAUGACUUCUUUACAAUGCA